AUGAAGCCCCCAGCACCAGAAACUCUUCAGCAAGUCCACGUCCCCCUCCAAGGAGGACGAUACAAGCCUGUAUCUGCCUGCGACUCUGAGGAUAGGUCAUAUCUUCAAAAUCAUACGGCUAUUCAAGAAAGCCUGUUGCGGUUCUCUUCUGCCAAUUCAUGGCAUAAGAGCGCAUUACAGGCCUUCAUCCCCUGGCCGAUCCUCGUCCCUUCCGUGCACCAGAACCAGUUCAAGGAGCUCAAUGAUGCUCUAGUCUCUGCUAUCACUGAUAUUGUCGAGAGGUGGUGGACGGACACGAAGGCGAGAUUCCCAGAGCGUAUGCCAUUGGAGCCUGCAGAAGAAGACCUUCUUCGUUGGAUUGAUAGCCAAGUUCCUAACAACCUGCGGCCAUACCGAGAGUGCCGCGGAUCGUGGAGGCCAGACUUCCUGAUCGAAGAAGAUCGCCUUGAGGGUGCCUCUGGCCCUAGAGAAAAUCUUCGAAUCAGUGAAAUAAAUGCCCGUUUUUCCUUUAAUGGAUAUAUGUAUGCGGCGUGCGGACAGCAAGCACUGAAGGAGCAAGGGCUCUGUGAUUCGGGUAAUGGCUUGGUCGGCGCUACGGAUCCUGCUAGGAUACUGGGAGGCAUUUUGAACCUGUUCAAUCCCGACUUGCCAUUGCACCUUCUCAAAGGCGAGGAACUCGGCAAUGACAUACACAUUGUUGUGGAAUUUCUCCAAAUACGAUUUGGAAUCCACCCUCGCUUUGUGCACCCUUCCGACCUGAGGCUGGUGCCAUAUCCGCCAGGCAAGGGUGGUUGCAGACUCUGUUGUGUGAUCACAGAUGCUGAACUCGAGGACACCGAGCGCUUGGAACCGGUGAUUUAUCACGAUGGAGAAGCCAUGGAAGAGAUCCAUCAGGUUGGACUUGAGCUCCACCAGAGAGAACUCCGCGCUCUGAGCCCCGAGAUGCUCCACCAGAUCAGCCUCCGAUGCUUCAAUGACAUGCGCACUGUGUUGCUGGUCCAUGACAAGCGGAUGCUCGGAAUCGUCAAGCAAGAGCUCGACGCCCUAGUGGCACGGAAUGUGAUCACGCGUGCUCAGGCGAAGAUACUCGACAAAGGGCUUGCCAGCACGAUACUGCCUGGCUCGUUGGAACUCGACCGGUUGAUCGGUGACUGCGAGAAGGACCGCGGUACAAAGAACGAGUACAUCCUCAAACCGAUCCGAAGUGGAAAGGGCGAUGGGAUCGUGUUCGGCGAAGACAUUGACCCUGCUGAAUGGUUGUCAAGAUUGGAGGGCUUGCGCUCCUCACGGUUGGGUCCUGGUGGGGGCGGCAAUUGCGUUGUUCAGCGCAAGGUCAACCAGAUUCGGUACGAUGUGGUCUUGAGCCCAACGGGCGUCAUGGCUAAAUACCCCCUCGUGGGAACAUACCACUCGGUUCAUGGCGAGUUCCUUGGAAUUGGAGUGUGGAGAAGCAGUCCACACCGGAUCUGCGCGAUCAGUCACGGAGGUGCGUGGACUUGCUCGGUGACUGAGGGUAAUUUGUGA